AUUCAGAAAAAAAAUGUCAUCAGAAGAUAAUGUUUCUGAAAAGACAAAUGCAAAAUCGAGUUUAGAAACACCAAGUACAUCAAAGGACUAUUAUCACACGUAUCAAGAGGACACAUUUCAUGAGAUAUCACCAUUUCCAAUGCGCAAUGUAUGCCCAUCGAAAUUACGUAAAACAAGUCUAAUUAGUUCUCAUAUAUCAGCAUCAAUUGAUUCUACACCCUGCUCAUCUCGUCCAUCAGACAGUGUAUUAUCACAUAUAUCUGAAGUGACCUUUGAAACAAAAACCCUUGGAAAGAUGUAUAUGUUAUAUCAAGAAAUGAGUAGUAAAUUGGAUGUGCUGAUCAUGAAUCAAUGCAGGUUAAAUCGACAUCUUCGUCCAAAUGAAAGAAGAAUAGUAAAGCCAACAGAUCUUCCGGCACUACCAUUAACAACAGAAGAAAAAUUCGAAAAAUAUUUAUCUAAAGAUGACAACACAGGAGCGACU